AUGAAGUCGCUUGGUCUUCUCGCUACUGUUUGCGCUACUGCUGCGCUGGCAAAGGGGCCGGAGCGAGUUAGCAAUGCGGCGAGGAGUAUUACGAUUGAAGUUGCGCCGGGGGAGACGCGCCAGAUUACUGAGGAUGAAAGGUGGGAUAUUGCUACGGGCGGCGGCUGUGGAAGCCACUUCUUCGACAUCACCGACUCGUUUGCCGAACCCAUAGCCGUCACACGCGCGGCCGCCUACCCAACCAGCUUCCAAUACAGCGCCAACAUCCGACGCCUAUUUCCCUCGCUCAGCUGGGCCAACAUCAAGAAAAACCUCGAGCAAUACUCGACCUUCCAUACGCGCUUCUCUGAAACCCAAUCUGGCGCCGACGCCGCCCAAUGGCUCCUCGCCCAAGUGCAAGCCGUCGUCAAGGCAGCCAACAAACCAGGCGUAUCCGCCUCUGCAUUCCCGCACUCGCUCUGGCCCCAAAACUCAAUCAUCGCCCGCAUCCAAGGCCGCUCCAACCGCACCGUCGUCGUAGGCGCCCACCUCGACUCCAUCAACUCAGCCAACCGCCUCACCGGCCGCGCCCCGGGCGUCGACGAUGACGGCAGCGGCUCCAUGCUUCUCCUCGAGGCCCUUCGCGUGCUCCUUACCGACUCGGCAUUCGCCGGCUCCAACAACCUCUUGGAAAACACGAUUGAAUUCCACUGGUACGCUGCUGAGGAGGGCGGGCUCCGCGGCAGCCAGGACAUCUUCACGCAGUAUAAGAAUGCAGGCAGAGAUAUCUGGGCCAUGUUGCAGCAAGAUAUGGUAGGUUACACGAAGGGGACGUUGAAUGCAGGGAAGCCUGAGAGUUUUGGCUUGAUUACGGAUUUUACGGAUGCGGUGUUGAAUCAGUAUCUGGUGGGCGUCAUUGGUGAGUACACCGACAUUACCUACGUCAACAGCACGUGCGGCUACGCAUGCUCCGACCACGGAUCCGCCAUGCGCAGUGGAUACCCCGCCUCAUUCGUCUUCGAAUCAGACUUCCGCUACCGCAAUCCGUACAUUCAUACUCCGAAUGAUACCAUGGAGCAUAUGGAUCCUAACCAUGUGCUUCAGCACGGACGCUUGGUGCUAGGUUAUUUGUAUGAACUGGGAUUCAGCAAGGCCUAG